AUGAUUUCUUUAUGUGAGAAUCAUCCAUUGAGAAUCGGUUGCUCAGUGAAUCUACACGAUGGAUGGUUCGAGAUAUAUCCUGAGAAUUAUCUCUGGGAGAAACGAAUGGGACAAACUGUGGAGAUUAGAAAUCUCGACGGGAAAGCUGUUUACAUUAAAGUGGACGUUGGUGAGCACACGGCUGUCGAGAUACCGAUAAGGGAAAGAGAAGGUCCAUGGUUUUGCACGAAUUGGUAUCACAAAGUGUACUAUCGAAAAUUUGUUCCUCCCGGCUACACAUUUCUGCAUCGACAGAACAUGAAAUGGUAUCUACCAUACUCGAAAAAAACGAAACAGAAAAUUUUCGUGACUGUCAUCAAAGCGGAUGAUGAUGGCACCUCAACCUCUCGAAUCGCCCGCAAGGAGCUCAUCCUCUCAAAUGUAGAUUUGGGGAAAAUGGGCGGUUUUGUCAUCCAAAUCGAUCACAAAGGACGAAUCGUUCCCGAGAUGGCGGGAAUG